UCACAGCUUCAUUAGCUGUCCGGCAGGAGCCAGAGAGCUGACGUGCUAAGAUUAACGUCGCUGCGGGACUUUUAAAGAGCGAUCCGGGGCUGCGGGCUUUCUAAGAAAAUCGUGAGCGCCUUGGGAGGAGCGACGCUGUUGGGCGGAACAACAACAGCAAUUAAAGUGCUUCCUGUUGAAUAAGAAACACUCUGUGCUUUGGAACAUCAACGUGUUAUUAAGUAUCAUAGGCAUGCCAACCUCUGUGUUUCCUGCUGAUAAUCACAUUUGAUACUAAAGGGCAGAUUUACUUAAAAUGAACCAAGCAAUGGGCUGUAAACUCUCUGAUGGCAUAGCCCGUUUUGAUAACCUGACUGAUGUUUGAUCCUGAGAGGUUCAUUAUUGGGGAUUAGUUAUUGUACUAAAAGUUAAGAAGGACUGGAUGUUUGACCCGAAUGUGGACCAAUGAGAAUGAGGUUCACAGUGAGAAAGCUGCUGUUCAUUCUGUCCUUAAUAAUAUUGGUGGCAUUAGCAGUGCACCUUGGACAGCAAAUGCUAGAAUGCCAACAAAUUCUUGAUGGAAGUUAUGGCAAAAGAAACCGAGGUGUUAUGAAGCCAGAAAAUGAAGAAUUAGUCAUGGUUGACUUAAAUAAUAUAGAAUACAGAUACAGCAAGGACAUGCCACUCAUAUUUAUAGGUGGAGUACCACGGAGUGGUACAACAUUAAUGAGAGUGAUGCUUGAUGCCCAUCCAGAUGUCCGCUGUGGCGAAGAGACUCGUAUUAUUCCCCGUAUCUUAGCGAUGCGGCAAGCAUGGUCGAAAUCUGGCAGUGAAAAAAUGCGCCUCGAUGAAGCUGGUGUGACGGACCAUGUGAUGGAUUCUGCAGUCCAAGCAUUUAUAUUAGAAAUUAUAGCCAAGCAUGGUGAACCUGCCAAAUUGUUAUGUAAUAAGGACCCGUUUACCUUAAAAUCGUCUGUUUAUCUUUCUAAAUUGUUUCCAAGUUCCAAAUUUCUUUUAAUGAUACGCGAUGGACGUGCCUCUGUACAUUCCAUGAUAACAAGGAAGAUAACAAUAGCAGGCUUUGAUUUAAACAGCUACAGGGACUGCCUCACCAAGUGGAACAAGGCAGUAGAGAUAAUGUACGCCCAGUGCUUGGAAAUUGGCGAGCAAAAGUGCCUUCCAGUCUAUUAUGAACAGUUAGUCCUUCACCCUAAACAAACCAUGCGUUCAAUUAUUGAAUUCUUGGGUAUUCCAUGGAAUGAUGCAGUUCUGCAUCACGAGGAGCUGAUUGGAAAACCUGGAGGUGUGUCACUUUCAAAAACUGAGAAGUCAACAGACCAAGUAAUGAAGCCAGUGAAUCUUGAAGCUUUGUCAAAGUGGGUGGGGAAAUUACCAGCAGAUAUAAUAGACGAUAUGGCUCGUAUUGCCCCCAUGCUUUCAAGGCUUGGGUACGACCCCUUUGCAAACCCACCAAAGUAUGGGAAUCCAGAUGCUAUGGUGCUCAACAACACUCACAGAGUUAUGAAGGGAGAUUUUAAAACACCUAGCAAUUUGAAAGGAUAUGCGAAGGUUCAUCAAAGUAACUCUUCAAACUGGUGAUUUUACAGCAAUUCAGAGAGUGAAUUGUUUUUCCUUUAGAAGCAAGAAGAACCCUCCUUAAAGUUUUCAAAGGAAACUAAAUAUCCAAGCAUAUUGCUUGUCAAACGUUGCCAAACUGUGACUGCCCAGAGCGAAUGUAUUUGCACUUGUUUGUACGCUGGAAUCUUUCCAAUCUCACAGUAAAACAAAUUGAUGUCUCCAGCUUCUCUGAAUUUACUGUGAAAACAAAGUCAUCGGUGGACCUUUUUUCUUGCUGUUGAAUUUGGAAUCCAUGUGGCCGAGCCUUUUUUAUUGAAUUCAAAGUAUUUUUACACCACAUACAAAAAAACAAGGACCUCCAUUGCUUUUGCAUAUGCACAGACAAAUGUGCCACCUUUUAAACACCCAUUUUUAAUCUCAUUUUAAAGUAAGUGUCAAUUUUUUAAACUGGUGUCUCCCAUGUCAUUUUCCAAUUUUUACUAUUAAAAUUUACAUUAUUUUACUCUCACCUGAGAGAUUGUACAGCCAUCCAAAAACUGUAAAAAGAAAUAGGUUGAAGUAUGACAUAUAACUUUACACCAGAAGGGAAUACACACUUUAUUCAGUUAUGUAGCAGAACCCUUCCCUCCUGGUAUGAGGUUUUUUUUUUUUUUUUUUCAUAUAAAGCAUAUGAAUUAAAAUGCCAUAACCACUAAUAUCGAAUGCAGUGUUAUAACUAAAUUCUGGCCUAUAAAAUUUAGUGAGAAGCGGAGCUAGACAAAAGUAACAGAGUGUUUCUACCAUAUUGCUUAUUUUGACCGUUGCAGGUUGAUUUAGUGCAACAAUCCUAAUUGACAAAAAUAGAUUUUUAAAGGGCAACUACUCAUGGUAAGAAGUUGUCCCCAUCCUAGGGAAGCAGGAGAUUAUGGCAUAAUUAAAAAUGGUAAAUUGGGUUUUUUUUUUCUCCUUGACCAAAAAACUCAACAUAAAAAUAUCUUAAAUUGCCUACAAUGAGAAUUGCUUGAAAGCACUUGUUAGGCCCCAGUGGAGCCACCUUGCAUUAUUUGUGUAGGUGGAUUUUUGGAAAACUGCCUUUUCACCCUGUUAACAAAGUUUAGCUCCCUAAUAUGUUAUUUUGGCAUGUCUGCACCCAUUCUACAAAUGGUCCAACUGAAAUGGAUGAAAGGUCAUUUUCUUUAGUCGCAGUAACUUGGUGCUGGAAAAAAGUGUAUCAAAACGAAGCAAAAUAAAUGGUGCACAUCUGUGCCAUGAAAGUGUUAAUCUGGUACGUUAAAUCCAGUUCAUGUCAUUUUCAGUGCUUUAUUUAAGAGUUUGAUAUAUGAUCAGUUAAUGACAGUUUCAUUACAUUAAUCAACCUUAAUAAAGUGAUAAUUCAUACUUGA